UCUGAGCACUCUCUAUUCUCUAAUUCGUGAAUAAUAAAUUAUUAUAAACCUCACUCUCUCCCCCCCGAUUCUUCUUCCCCAAUCUUCCCCGUCGCUUCCUCUCCCCCACUCCUCCUUCCGGCGAAACCCCACUUCUUUCCCAACUACGCCGCCGCUGCCCUAAACAUACAACCCCGCCGCUCCGCCGUAUCCCGGUGGUGCAUUUCCAUCCCCAUACAUCCUCGUUCUACUCUAAACCAUCCCUUCGACAAUGGCGGCAACUCCCGUCCCUGAAUCCGCCGAUGGCCCCGUCCUCAGCCUAAUCAACAAGCGCCUCCGCGCCCUCCGCAAGAAGCAGAACCGAAUCAUCCAGAUGGAAGAGUCCGUCGCCCAGGGGAAGGCACUCAAUAACGAACAAAGGGAAGUCCUCCGCUCCAAACCCUCCGUCUCCGCCGCAAUCGACGAGCUCGAGAAGCUCCGCCAGCCUCUCUCCGUCGCCGUCUCCGAGGAAAUCGAGCUCGCCAUCCAGCGGCACCGCACCGAGUCUCAACCCUCCCCCGAUGUCCCCGCUGCUGCUGCUGCUGAUGUCGCCGCGGCGGAAGAGGAGAAGAGUGGCGAGACCGAGCGCAGAGAAGAAGAGGAGGGGAGUCAGCCCGAAGCUUUCGAUUCCAUGGUCGGGGAUCUCUUGAAUUUGUUGUACUUCGGGGCGCUGUUCGACGUGAAGUCGCAGAACGAUUUCACGGCGACUAUGUUGAGCCGGACGCACGAGAGGGGCUGCUGCUUGACCUACGAUUAUGUGACGGACGAUGCCACCGAUCUGCUGAGCGAGAGAGAUUUGGACAUGAUUUCUACUCUGAGUGGGUUGCUCAUCUCCCGCCCCGUGGAUUCGAGCUUGUCCCACAAGAAUGCUCUGCAGCGGUGCGUUGAGCACGCCAAGUUGUGGCUGGCCAAUGCGGAUUGUCCAGUCGAUGACAAUGCCGGCAUUUCCUAUGCAGGAUUGAGGGAGAGGCUCAACAAGAUUAUGGCUUCUGACUAUUUUACAACCUCCCCUGAAAGGAAAGCCUCCGCUGAGGUUGCUGCCGCGGCUGCUGCUGGCAAUUACGUUCAUUUCCAAGUACCGGUGCACGGAAUGCCCAUUGCAGUUCCUGUUCAGGUUGAAAGCCAUUCUGUGGAUUACCAGCCACAGGUAUUCCUUUGCCAAGUCGGUUUGAGUUGUGUGCUGGUUGUGACCAGCUAUUUGGUUACUAACAUCUUGAAGAAAUCAUCCUCAUUUCUCAGUGUUAUUGGCUGCAUGGGGAUGCAGCAACUUCUCAAGGACAAGAUGUUUGCGAUGAUCAGGCAAAUCCCACCGAGGAAUUUCACAAGGAUGAACCCGAAUUUGAAAACCCUGAAGAAGCUGUCUCCGGCGAGCAAGAAGAAGCGAAACCUUCACCUGAGUUUGAGCAUAAUAAUCAGCAAGAUGCCGAAUCUGGGGAGUAUCAGUAUGGAAAUCGAAGGAAUUACCAGCACCAAAGAGGUGGUGGCCGUGGAAGCAGUGGUCGCAGGGGUUAUCCAAAUGGCCGUGGUGGCCGAGGCAGUGGCAGGGGAGGCGGUGGCUACCAAAAUGGUAGGAGCAACCAGUACUAUGACCAGCCAGGGAACUACUACCCAAGGAACUACAACAACAACCGAGGAGGAAGGGGCAGCAGCAGAGGUGGCGGCAAUGCAGGCCACCCUUACAACAACAAUGGCGCUGGCAAUGCCAGUGACAUGGGGGUGGCCUCGUGAUGAUGGUGGUAUGGUGAGCAAGUGAGCGAUGGCUGUUCUCUUGGGGUGUCGUAGUUUGUAGGUCGGUGCUGAAGAACCCAUAGUCUCCUCUUUCUCCAGAUUUUUUGGUUGUUGUUUGUCUCUGCUGCAGCUCUGAAACUUGCUUUUGAACAUGGGUUCGUUUCUAAUGUUGAUGAAUCUCACUGGCGCCCAUCAAAGGACACCCUAACUCCUCUGUUUUUGUAGCUCAGACUUUGGGACAAAAGGCCUGAUUGGUGAAAACUUCAUGGAAGAAAGGUCUUUUUGAUCGAUCUCUACUGCUGUUUUUUUUUUUUGUCGUCUAAGCAGGGAAUCAAUCCU